GGUGUUCAGGAAGAAGUUAUCUCAACAGCCACACUCAGCUAUACUUCAGCGACCCUGGAAAGCAGAGGGGAAAGCAGGUGGGAAGCUCGGUGUGGGAGUGAGGAGGAAAAAAACAACAGGACUGAGGCGAGUUCUUUGAUAGCUGUAUUGUUUCUAUCUACCUUGUUCAAAGAGCAUCGCUGAAAAUGUGCUGUUUGGAGGUUUAGCGCUGCGAGUGAAAAAACUCAGGAACAGCGUGGGGGAGUUCAGCUAGAGUUCUGCUGGGGGAAACCUGCUCUAUACUGCAGUUUUCAACACCAGGCAGCGAGGUUCACCUUUUGACAAGUCUGAAACAGCUGCCUGAUCUAUUUAACGACACAAGCACAAAACCUGCUGGACUCUCGGAAACAGCCUAUCUCACAAGAUUACAAGUGAAACUGGACGAUCUACAACAAGCACAUGAACUUAAAGAAGCAGCAUUUUUGCCUGCGAUGGAGACAGAAACAAACAGGUGGUGUUGCAGCUCUGAAACUGUCUCCACAUCUGAUUUUACUCUGGAUUAUAACACUUGAAUCGUGAACAAGAAGAGGAGGACACCCAAACAAACUGUGCAUCCGUCCCCGGCAGGGAUGUGUUGUGAACUCUGAGGAGGAGUACUGUAGUGUGCCACAAGCCUGCGAAUGAGGGUGGGGCUCUCUCACUGCCACAGACAAAGACCUUGAUACAGAGAGAGUCCUGGUUUGAGAACUGGUGGUCAAGUGGGGCAGUUUUGGACCUGCACAGUCCGGCACCGUGUCAAAAGUCACGAUGGGGUGCAACAUGUGUGUGGUUCAAAAGCCCGAGGAACAAUACAGGGUCAUGUUCCAGAAGGGUCACAUAAACAACAUGUUGUGCUCUUUUGACGCCGCCGGUCGAUUAAAGGUGAAUGGAAAGGAGCUAUCCCGCCUUUCUGGGGAUCCCACCCUGGACAUACGGGACCCCGUGCUGUCUAACAUACUGCGGCGUGGGGCCCGCAGACGUGCAGGUCUGGCGGGAGCCCCUGGAGGGUUAGUGCCAGUGACCAUGGGCAUGGCCGACUGUGUAGACAGCUGCACCCAGACGGACAUCAGCUUCCAGCAUAUGUUGACUCUCGGCAAGAGCAGCCAGCAUCCCUGCGGAGCUCCACCCCCACCCGACCCUCCGCCGUCCCCUCCACUACCGCCGUUACUGGAGCCGUAUCUAUUCAACGAACUCUUUAUAGAGCCCGUAUACUACGACCCCACUGAUUACUUCGAUAUCACUCAGCAUGAAGUGGACCGGCAGGAUGAGCUGGAAUAUGAGGAGGUGGAGUUGUAUAAGUCUCGUCAGCAGGAUAAACUCGGGCUGACAGUGUGUUACAGAACCGACGAUGAGGAGGACCUGGGGAUAUAUGUAGGAGAGGUGAACCCAAACAGUAUCGCAGCAAUAGAUGGACGUAUCCGCAAGGGAGACAGAAUACUACAGAUAAAUGGAGUGGACAUCCAGGACAGAGAGGAGGCAGUAGCUAUUCUCACCAGAGAGGACAGCACUAAUGUCUCCCUGCUCCUUGCACGACCCGAGAUAGAGAAUGACAACCAGUUGGACCCAGAUGAGCUGGACCUGGAGCCACUGGACAACGCUGUUCACCUGCCCUGCAGCCACAGACUGAAGAACAGCACCUCUGUCUCGGGUGCUGGACCGGGCGACCUUGCUGAUGGGGGUGUACUUGGUAGCCAUGGUCACUCAAUAAACAGGGAUUCACCUGAUUUGCUCCAGACUGUGCUGAGCAACAGCCAGGAGCUGGACAGUGGGGUGGGCCGUACAGAUGAAAGCACACGCUAUGAGGAGUCUUCAGAACACGACCUUCUGGGAGAUGACCACACUAGUGCCUCCAAUACGAAUGCCACCAAUACACCUGGCAGCAUGCGCAAGUUUUUGUCCGGUCGAGGGGACACUCCACCCUUGCUGCACUCCCAGGACCUCCAGUUCAGCACUGACUCUCUCUUAGGACUGGACUGUGUUAACGGGGGAGGGCUGGAACACAUGGAACGAUUGGAGAGGACCUACAUGGCAGAUCCAAUGAGGAUGAUGAUGCCUGGGCUGACUGAGGAAGAGUGUGAGAGGUACAAAGAGCUCCUGGAAAUCAAGUGUUACUAUGAGAAGAACAGUAAUGCUCUGAUGCUCCUGGGAGGUCAGGGGCCGGCACCAGAGGAAGGUGGUGUCUCACUGGAUGUGAACAGGAAUGAAAGCCUAACGCAGCAUGAGAUGGCCCUCCUGGAGGAAGAACUACGCCACUUGGAGUUCAAGUGUCGUAACAUCUUGAGGGCACAGAAGAUGCAGCAGCUGAGGGAGCGUUGUCUGAAGGCUUGGCCUCUUGAGGACAAGAAUGGAGCAAGUGCAGGGGCUGGAGCAGGACGCUUGGACAUUACUGGUACUCUGGUCAGCGAGGAGACCUGUCACCACGCUCUGUCAGACAUCAAUGAGCUCCCAGAGAGGGAGCGCUCUGAUAAGGAUAGUACGAGUGCAUACAACACUGGAGGGGAAAGUUGCAGGAGCACCCCUCUGGUCAAUGAACAGUAUCCAUCACCCUCUACACAGAGCCUGGAGGGAGGAGAGCCUCUUCUCCAAGCUGGUACACAGUUUCCAACCUCCACUAGGCAGAGAGGUAGCCGGGCUGAAAGAGGGGACAGGACACAAGUAAACCUCAACCAACCCUACUCUCCCCACUCUAACAGAAGACGAGCUGAAGCUAAGACUUCCAGUCCUGGAGCGAAGGUUAGGUCUCUGCCUCGGGAUAGAGGGACCAGGCGAGGCUCAGAUGGAGAGGUGAGACGUAACCCCAAAGCUAAUGGGACAGCUGAGAGGGCUGGUGGAUACAGUGCAGAGAACAGUCCUUACCUGUCCCGCCGUCACACUGACACAAAGCCGCCCCAGCACUACCUGAGCUGCAUGCAGCUGAGGUCUCCUUCCACCUCUGAGCGCCUUAAUGGUCUCAGAGAUACUCCCAGAGAGGGCAGCAUGGAGACUUGGGGCGACGCCAGCCCAAUGAGCUUGGGAAGCACAUGUAAAGACAUUGUCCAGGACCCAAGUGCUGUACCCCUGUCCCCUCCACUGUUGCCUGCAUCUCCUCGUAUGGAGUGGAAGGUGAAGAUCCGCAGUGAUGGCUCUCGCUAUGUGGCCAAACGCCCAGUGAGGGAUCGCCUCCUGAAGGCACGCGCCAUGAAGAUCAGAGAGGAGCGCAGCGGCAUGACCACGGAUGACGAUGCUGUGAGUGAGAUGAAGAUGGGUCGUUACUGGAGCAAAGAGGAGCGCAAGCAGCAGCUGCUGAAGGCCCGAGAGCAGCGGCGCCGCAGGGAGUUCAUGAUGCAGAGCCGCCUCGACUGUUUGAGAGAGCGUGACAGGGACCAGGGCGGCAGCGGGGGAGGUCAGCAGGGGUCGACACAGCAGCAGGAACCCACAUCCAUCCUGGAGCUGUGCCACCGCAGGAGCAUGAAGAAGCGGAGUCGCAGAAUCCUGGACAACUGGAUCACGAUACAAGAGCUACUUGCCCAUGGGACCAGGUCUGCUGAUGGGAAGAAAGUCUACAACCCCCUGCUCUCUGUCACCACAGUCUGAGAUCACAUCAGAGGCAGAUAGGGAGGGAGGGAUAAAAAAAAGUGCCAAAGUGUUUUGAUAGGACGAACAGAAGUUGCUUCACACCUUGGCACAAAUAUCUGUCUGCAGGGAUGCAGCAGCACUCUGAAACACAAAGUCUGUGGGAGUAAUAUUAAGUAGCAUACCUUAAAUGCAGUGGUGUAGUGGUGGUUGAUGAGGUGGGUGUACUACUAAGUAGACAGGUUGGUUACCAAGGAGGAAGUGGGUAUACUCUUCUAUGUACUCCAAAGGCUUUUUGGGUGUUAAGUGGAUAUACUGUUAUCUGCCAGAAAAAGAGGUUGGUAUACCCCAUGAGCCUGUGAUACCCUCCACUACACCACUGCUUAAAUGCCCCAACCUAAAAUGUUCAGAUUGGAGGAAAGCUCAUGACUGAAACUGACAGGGUUUGUGUGUCUGUUAACAUUAUGUAUCGUCCCAAACAGGAAGACAGUAGCCUACACACUUUCACAAUACUGUUGUAUUGAAGCUGGAUUUUGCAUUCAGCCUUCCAUUAUCACAAAUGCAGAUUUACAGCAGUCAUAAACUUCACAAUAAACAAUACACUUAACCCCACUUCCAAUACAUCUGGUUAAAUGGACCGAAACCAGCCAGGAAAAACGCUUUCAAGCCAUUUUCAUUAUGCUUUACCUCUCACAUGUGUAGAGCGUGAUCCAUUGUAUCCUGCACAGAAGUCUGUACUAGCUUGUCAGAUUUAAUUUUGGACAUCACUGUCAAUGCACAAGGCGAAAAAGAAGGGUGGACAAGUGGACAGUCUAAAGGCCCAGACACACCAAACUGACAUAAGGUUGACUGUUGCAUUGCCUCACAUCGUCUGUGUCUCAGCCAAAAAGAUGCACUUGAGCAAACCGCAAAUACUACAGUCAAUGGCCAACUAGCACAUACGUAUGCAGGUGGCGGUAGUCUGUAUCAGGUCCACUGGAAGUGCACCGGGCUUUGAAGCCAAUUUUGUAGCGGCCAAACUGUUGACUUACAACAUCCAAGUCCCUCACGAUUCAGUUGGGGCCAAAAAUACUUUUUCCCAUAGACUUACAUUCUGAAAGAAAGGUUGUAAACCAGUGUAUGACUUUUUUUUUGAGCGGCAAAACCUUUGCGAAAUGACUUGUUUCACUAUCAGAAUUUGAUCCAUUCGGUCUGAUAACAUUUGUAAAGUCUAGAAGAGCUGCACGAUUAAAUCAUUUUAUCCCCAUUCAAGUUCACGGAGAGCUAAACCAUAAGUAGCUUGGCCAGUGGAAGUCUCUAGUGCGCUUGCUGUGUGGGCUCAAUGAUACAAGUAUGAAUGGCUGCGGCUGAAGCAGCUACGUGACCCACCGACAAGCUACAUGACUCGCCCACCAUACUUACGUUCAGCCCCCUUUGCUCCUUAGUCCGGAAGUGGAACUCCCCAAGACAAUGCUAAAUAAACAUUUAGCAAGCUAUGAAGUUUUAGGUUAAAAGAGAGGCGAUUAAGGUUAAGAUUAGGGUUAGGUUAAGGGUUACAUGUCAUUACUUAUAAGGUGAAUCAUGGCCCCUUCAUAUAAUGAACAUAGUAAAUUAAUAAAGUAGAUUACUGCUAUGUUCAGCCUAUUAAUUCACUACAAUGUUGCGUUGUAGCAAGGUUCAAACAACCGUCUUGUUAGAGGGUUUGCCUCGCACUGGUGGUGGGCACAGUUUGUAGGGGCCUGUCGUGUAGGCUACAAACAGAAUGUAGCUGGGGCUUUACAUGUCUCCGAAGAUGCAAAAGCAGUGCCGAUCAUUCGGGUAAUUUUAUAUGCAGCAGUUGAACAUUUUUAGCUUCACAAGCCACUGAGCAGCUUUCUUAGGAAUGAACAGGUUCUCACCUCCAACGCUGUGUCCGGUUCUCUUUAUAAAUCCCUGGUCUAUAAUUGUCAUUAAAAAAAGGAAACUGGGAGACCGAACAAUAACACAAACACUUACGAACUAUAUCUGCGAAAGAGCUCAGUGGCUAAAAACAUAAUCUUACCUAAUAUAGCAAGUUUGUUUUGAUCUUUGUUUUCUUUCCUCAUUCCUGUUUCUUCUCUUGUGCACUGAGCUUCUCUCACCUACUGGCUCUGCCACCAAUUCAACAUGCUGAAUCAGCCAAAAAGCCGUCGACAAGGGCUGAACAGAUCCAGCGGUGCAGGACACACUACAAAAUCUAUGGCGACAGAUGCUCACUGAUGGCCGUCGACUGACAGUCGGCCUGGUGCGUCAGGGCCUUUACAGACAGGAAGAUUACAUAUUCAGAGGGAGUCCAUUUAAAAAUACAUCCCCACUCCAGAUCUGUCUUCUUACAUAAAGGAGAGAUGGCACCACCUGCUGUUUCUCCAUUAGAGGAGUGGUGCAUGCUGGUAAUCUUUGCAGGCCUCUACAUUUUCAUGGAGGACAGAAAAGAGAAAAUCAAAAGUGGGGCUCAGAACCAUGCAGCUGUGAAAACAUUAAGAGAAAAAGCCACUUCUGUGCCAUGAAGCUGUAUAUUUAAUGUCCAUGAGGACUUCUGUUCAAGCACAUUUUCAGAAUAACAUUGUGUGCCAGUUAAUGUAGUUACUUUUUUUUAUUCUUGUAGUGUUAACGUACAAAUGCUCCUUUGUUCUGAUACAGGAGAUGCAACAUCAGACCAGACGCUUUUUGAUAACAAGGAGCUGAGCGGUGCCUUCUUUUCAGGCAGACUUUGACUGUAUAGCACAAUUUUCAAAGUGGUACAAAAAGGCUUAAACGCUGUAGCAGAGAAGGUAAACACUGAAGCACAGAGUAACUGACAGGUUUUGUUUUUUAAAGAGAAGCACAUCAUGUCGAACAAAGCACAGAAAACAUUUAAUGUUUCAUUCAAAGAGGCACAUUUGCCAUUUAAGUGAAUAAAGUAUCAUUUUCCUCAUUUGCUGUUUCACAAAUGCAAAAUGCUUUUUCCAGACCAAUAAGUUUUGGUCUGUAUGCAAUAUAAUUAAUUCAGUACUGACUGUGAACAAGGCUAUUUCAUUGCAAUUAAAGACUAUUCUUAGCUACAAAAAACACUCUGUUAAUUGGGUCUGCAGCUACAUUCACAGCAGAUUUUUCUACAUGUUUCCUAUCAGAUGUGUCAUUCCCAAACUUCACUUUUAAUUAUGUGCUCUCAGAACUAGCCUCUGGAUAAUUACCCAGCGGAAGUACCUAUAAUGACAAUAACAGCCAAGAGGGGGGUGUUUAUAAAACCCUGUGAACAAAAGCUGAUUUUUCAUUUGGCUUAAAUGCAUGUUUGAUAUUGAGGCAGAUUGUUUUUUUUUCAUGUGUGAAAAGCCUUUAACAUACUGUAACUGUGGAUGUGUCUUUCUAUGAACUUGCUUCAAACUCUAGCAUAGUUAAAGGAAACAUGGUGUACUUGUUCAAUAUUGUGAUGUCCGUUCUGUGUCUGCCAUUUUACAGUGAAAGCUUUUCUAAAUAAACGCUGUGAU